AUGAAGAUGAAUCUGCAAGAACGAGGGAAGAGUCCGGUUCUAGCUUUUGCUGAUACCACGAAAUGUGACUGCUAUCUCAAGAUUGAGGUUGAGCCUGAUGCAAGAGCUUUAGCAUGUUCACUAAAAGAUAUGGAUCAGGAACAGAAUGAUCUGGACAGCGCGGAAAAUGACUCUGAUGAUUCAGACUAUCAGAAGCGUCCAGACUCUAACAAGAUAGAGGAACCGAUCAAGACUGAAGUGGAUGAGAGCACGGAGGAUGACUCUGAUGAUUCAGACAAUCAAAAGUUUCCAGACUUCAACAAGAUGGAUGAACCGGCCAAGACUGGUGAUGAGAAUGUGCAUGACAACCUCGGCUGUGAUGAUAUGGAUGGUUCUGCUUGUACUGGGAAAUUGUGUCACAUAAGUUCUAUAAUUUUGAAAGCAAAAAGUCAGUACUUCUACAAGCUGUUUAAAAAUGCUGAUCAAAGUUCACAAGAGAAGGUGGUGAGCCUACGGAUUAAAGCAUCAGAUGCCUCAGCCAACACCUCCAUUUUCAUAUUUUCUCAAACAGAGGUACCUGCAUUUCUGAAGCUUCUGGAGUUCAUGCAUGGGACAACCACUCCAUCGACAUGGAAACCUUCGGAGUUAGCACAUAUGCUGAUGGUUGCUGAUAAGUUUGAAGUGAAGUCCUGCUUAAAUGAGUGUAUUGCAGAGCUAAAGCACCAGUGCAGAACACUAGGAAAAGAACUGCUGAGGUUUCCCCUUGCUGCAGUCGAGGUUGUUCUGAGCAGUGAUGGUCUUGAGGUAGAGUCAGAAGACGAUGUCUUUAAAUUUGUGUUUAAGUGGAUAAAAUCAAAUUAUGACAAUCAUGAAAUUCUAGAGCAAAGAUUUGAGAUCUUGAAUUCACGCCUCGCACCCCUCAUUCGGUACCAGUACAUGUCGGCCAACUACAUCGAGAAGAUGACAACAAAAUAUCGGAUCGAGGAUACAAGCAAAUUCAUGAGUGAAGGUCUUGAUAGGGGAUUAGAAUACAAGAAAAGUUCACCAGACUGGGAAUCAGGCACGACAGGGAUGAGCACUGACGAGCAAGUUGUUGAGCGGGCCUACAAGCGCAAGCCAGUGAAGGUAGUCAUCCAUCACCAGCAGCACAAGACUUGCACAAUCUACCUCAGCUUUACACAAGAUGAAUGUGUAAGACUCUCUCGAUCACCACCUGCUCACUCGGAGAGCUUCCACUUCGAUAAGGGCGUCUUCGUCCUAACAGCUGCCCGCCGCACCUUGAGAGAUGGAUGCUGCUGCUUUGGGCUUUCUGUGCAAAUUGAGCUUGCCCCAUCAGAUGAUCACUACAUGUGCAUGGCUUCAUUCAGAUCAAAGAAAAAUUAUCUAUCUCUUCUAAAUCCCACACAUGUAUGGGGUUUAUCCGUCCAGUCUUGGAAGCCAGAAGUCUAUGAAGACUUGUUUUCUGUGCCAUGGGACAAGUUCAUGGAAGCUGAUAGCCCCUAUUUUGUUGAUGGCAUGCUUGACCUGAUAGUAGAGAUUACUGCCAUUGAUCUACCACGUAUUAUUAUUAGUAGAUCCACCCUCCAGAUGCUCAUGAGAUAA